AUGUCACCUGCCGCGAUUGCCGAGAUGCAGCCGGAUCUGCACAAUGAUCAGCUCGAGGCUGUGGGCAAAGCCUUCGAUGCCUUACUACUAACCGUGUUCCGGCUGACUCACAGACAAAAUGAGCUGUUUCAGCACAUGGAUACUGUCUUCAAGGAGUACAAAGACGUGAUAGAAACUUUGCCUCCCCAAGAUAGACCUCGUGCACUGGAAAUUCAAUCUCAACUGCUCGCGCAGCAGGAGGAAUAUCGCCAGGGCCUCGUACACAGCAAACCUCAAAUUGAUGAACAACCGCUGAAUUCCAUGGAUGUAAUCAAAACCCUCGUUGCACAUCAAAAUGUAGACGAAAAUACUUUCUCGGCCAUCAAGGACGGGGUGAAAGGCUGUAAGUCUUUACUCCGUUCUCAGGAUGGUCUUUCCCAAAUAUCCUCCUCGUGCAUCCUCGCGCAAGCACCGGUUCCAGCAGUUACGCUGGAGAAGGACUUCACUACGAAUGGCACCCAGGGAAGUCUACAUUGUCCAUUCUCCAAACCGAAUAAAAUGCGAAGCCAAAAUGGAAGUGAGGUCCCAAGUGGGAAAAACUCUGCCCCAAAGGUCCAGAUCGAAGACGCCUGCGGUCAUGAACAUCUGGAUCCCAUCAAGGCCGAGUUGGACGAACGACGCUCCAGCCACACGCCAUCCGCCCCAUCCUCCAAAGGAGCAUGCCCCGUCUCGAGAUGCCCGAUACGAUUCCUGGAUCAACACUCUCCGGAAGAAAUCGCCGAAUACGUCGAACGACACAAACACGAGAUCCCCCGGAGUCAUGCCAUCUGCGUCAAUCGCUACCAGAAGAAUCCUCAAAAUAUGCGACACCUCGACGCGAAAUACGGCGGCUUGACUAGCAUGAUCGCCGGCCUGGGUGUCAAGCACCAAGCCUUCCUACCGGACUGCCAAAAUGGUGAAGGCAAGUCAUCAAACUCAGUGUCUACCCAGCGUGUCGGUGUUGAGAAAUGGGCUGAAAAUGUCGACCCGACCACGCCUAUCGUUGAGAACAAGGAUGACAUUCUGAACGAAGACGAUAACCGCCAGAGUCACUUUGACCGUCCCCUUCGCGAGGUCCGCGUGGGCGAAUCCCCGAGCCGGCCUUGGGGCAUCUCAGUCCCUGUCACAGACCUACCUCCCGCAUCAGCCCCGUUCUCCAGAUCGGCGUCUGGUCCCAUAUCCCCUGACCAUCCAACCGACAAACCGAAACCCAAUGCCGCUCCCGCAAAACCCACCGGCGGUUGUCCUUUCGGCCACGAUAAACCAAAGGCACAAGCUCUCAAGCCCGAGCCCACAACACAAUGGAGCGGGAACUGGCCGAAGGAUUGGCCCAAGGAGGAAAAGGCUGCGCCGAAGAUCACACCAGAGACCACACCAGAGAAACCCGGUUGUCCGUUCGGUCAUGACAAAAAGGCAGCUCCGAAGCCAGAGUCCGAAAUUCCAAGUGAUUGGCCUAAAGAGGGGUCUCGGGAUCAAACUGCCAAGGAUGCUCCAAUUGCCCCGACUGCUGGGAGCGAGGAUCCAAACACCAAACCCGGUGUCUCUUCGACAUUCUCUAAUCCUUCCACCGUCACCUUCAAUGGACCUGUAUUCUUCGGAUACUCCCCCGAGCAAGUAGCCAGCUUGAUGCAGCAGAUCGGGAAUUUGGGAAACCUGAACAUGGGGAAUACAGGUUCUUGA